GUACCGAUUAGGGACUCGUCUCGGCGGAGGCAGCUUCGGGACCGUCUACGCUUGUACUGAUACCAUAACUGGUCAACAACUAGCUGCAAAGCUCGAGCCAGUCGAUUGCAAACACCCACAGCUUUUGUAUGAGGCCAAGCUCUAUCGCUUGCUAUCCGAUGAGCAUCAACAAGGAAUUCCAAGCGCAUUCUGGUUUGGAGUAGAAGGCGGCUAUAAUAUUCUCGUUAUGGAACGACUGGGACCUAGUCUGGAGGAUCUAUUCAC